CCUGCGUGCACCGGUGGGGCUUUUCUGCUGACCGACCCCCCCGCUUCCCCGCACCCUGGCGAGGGGCAGAACCCUUCCGCGAGCGGCAUCGGGUCCCCCUGCACCGUGGGCACCCGAAACGGAGGGGUUGAGGUCUGACAUGGCGGCGAGGGUGGGAGCGUGGCCCUGACCCCCAUGGCAGGCGGGGACUGGAGGGCUCGUGAGCGGUGACGUCUCGCCAGAAGGAAACAGCUGCACACCAAGGACGAGCGGCACGGCCACAAGUACGCACCGAGCCCGCCGGCGGCCGGCCGUUCCCACCAGUCUGACCGGACAGGCCUCGGUGCUGCUCCUCCUCCUUGCCCUCGUGCCGGUGAUUUCCAGCUUGGGAAACCAUGGCACCCAAAGGAAAGGUCUACAGGGGGUCUGUGAAGGAUUUCCCAGGCUUUGACGCCAGCCAGGACGCAGAGGCCUUGUACAAUGCCAUGAAGGGAUUUGGCAGCGACAAGGAGGCCAUCCUCGACCUCAUCACAUCCAGAAGCAACAAGCAGCGAGUGGAGAUCUGCCAAGCCUACAAGUCCCUCUAUGGGAAGGACCUCAUCGCAGACCUCAAGUAUGAGCUGACGGGGAAGUUUGAGCGGCUGAUCGUGAGCCUGAUGCGGCCCCCAGCUUACAGCGAUGCCAAGGAGAUCAAAGAUGCCAUCGCGGGCAUUGGCACGGAUGAGAAGUGCCUCAUCGAGAUCCUUGCCUCCCGCACCAACCAGGAGAUCCACGACCUGGCGGCUGCCUACAAAGACGCCUAUGAGAGAGACCUGGAGGCUGACGUCGUUGGAGACACAUCUGGCCACUUCAAGAAGAUGCUCGUCGUUCUGCUUCAGGGCACCAGGGAGGAGGACGACGUGGUGAGCGAGGACCUGGUGGAGCAGGAUGCCAAGGACCUGCUGGAAGCUGGCGAGCUGAAAUGGGGCACGGAUGAGGCCCAGUUCAUCUACAUCCUUGGCCGGCGAAGCAAGCAGCACCUCCGCCUGGUCUUUGACGAGUACCUGAAGAUUUCUGGGAAGCCGAUCGAGAGGAGCAUCCGGGCAGAGCUCUCUGGUGACUUCGAGAAGCUGAUGCUGGCCGUGGUGAAGUGCGUCAGAAGCACAGCAGAGUAUUUUGCUGAAAGGCUCUACAAGGCCAUGAAGGGGCUGGGCACGAGAGACAACACACUGAUCCGCAUCAUGGUGUCCCGCAGCGAGAUCGACAUGCUGGACAUCCGGGAGGUGUUCAGGACCAAGUAUGAGAAAUCUCUCUACAACAUGAUAAAGGAGGACACCUCCGGGGAGUACAAGAAGGCCCUGCUGAAGCUGUGCGGAGGGGACGAUGAUGCCGCAGGUGAGUUCUUCCCCGAGGCGGCGCAGGUGGCCUAUCGGAUGUGGGAGCUUAGUGCGGUGGCCAAAGUAGAGCUGCGAGGAACCGUGCAGCCCACGGGAAGCUUCAAUGAUGACGGGGAUGCGCAGGUGCUGAGGAAGGCGAUGAAGGGGCUGGGCACGGAUGAAGGGGCCAUCAUCGAGGUGUUGACGCAGAGGAGCAACGCCCAGAGGCAGCAGAUCCUAAAGGCUUACAAGGCUCACUAUGGCAGGGACCUGAUGGCAGACCUGAAAUCCGAGCUGUCGGGCAGCUUGGCCAAGCUGAUCCUCGGGCUCAUGCUGACACCAGCACAGUACGAUGCCAAGCAGCUAAGGAAGGCCGUGGAGGGGGCCGGCACAGAUGAGAGUGUCCUCAUCGAAAUCAUGGCCACGCGGAACAACCAGGAGAUCGCGGCUAUCAACGAGGCAUAUCAGGAAGCCUACCACAAGCGCCUGGAAGACGACCUCAGCUCCGACACAUCAGGGCAUUUCAAGAGGAUUCUCGUCUCCCUGGCUCUGGGCAACCGUGACGAAGGACCAGAGAACCUCACACAGGCGCAUGAAGAUGCCAAGGUUGUUGCUGAGACCCUGAAACUUGCUGAUGUCUCCAGCAACGACUCCAGUGACUCCCUGGAGACCCGCUUCCUCAGCAUCCUCUGCACCCGCAGCUACGCCCACCUCCGCAGAGUGUUUCAGGAGUUCAUCAAAAUGACCAACCACGACGUGGAGCACGCCAUCAGGAAGCGGAUGUCAGGAGACGUGAGAGAUGCCUUCGUGGCCAUCGUGCGGAGUGUGAAGAACAAGCCGGCCUUCUUCGCUGACAAGCUCUACAAGUCCAUGAAGGGUGCCGGCACGGAUGAGAGGACCCUCACCCGGAUCAUGGUUUCCCGGAGCGAGAUUGACCUGCUCAACAUCCGGGGCGAGUUCAUGGACCUGUUCGACAAAUCGCUGCACCGCAUGAUUGAGAAGGACACCUCCGGCGACUACCGCAAGGCUCUGCUGGCCCUGUGCGGGGGGGAGGACUAGGUGGCCGUGGGAGCCCCUUCUUCGUGUCUGAGCCAGCACGCACGCACCCAACGCCUUGAUGUCACUGCAGCUUCGGGGGCUUCAGGGGACGCUCGGUUCCCUGCAGAGGAUGACUCACUUUUCGCUGGAAAGCGGCACCACAUUGCAAGCGGGGGAGUCUUGGGGAGGGGAGCAGAGGGGUCUGGGUAGGGAGAUUGUCUGUCUCAGUGCAAAAUAAUUCAUACCCAAACAAGCCACUAACCCAGGAAUUUACCCAGAUGGAAAAGACAAUUUUAAAUCUCAUAAAUAAAACCUAACUGUUGCUGA